UGGUGGAGGGGGCUGCGGUGCCGACCCCAGCUGUGGGAACAGGAGCAGCACCCUCAGUGCCCCCAUUACACCGAGCCCGGUGGCCGGCAGCUCCCGGGAGAUGGGGUUUAUACAGAUGAAUGAGGACUUCAUAUUUAUUGAGCCAGUCAAUCGCACUUUGGCUGUGACAGGUCAUGCACACAGGGUGUACAGACGAAAAAGGUCCAUAGAGGAGAAAAUUACUGAAAAGGCAGUUUCUCAGAAUCAGUACUGUGGUGUUCUUACAGAUAAAAGGAAAUCCAAGAAUCAAAAAGUAUCAGAAAGUGGAAGAGGAAAACGAUACUCUUACAAGUUACCUCAGGAGUACAAUAUAGAAACUGUUGUGGUGGCAGAUCCAGCUAUGGUUUCGUAUCAUGGAACAGAUGCUGCCAGAAGGUUUAUUCUAACCAUCUUAAACAUGGUUUUUAACCUUUUCCAGCACAAGAGCCUUGGACUACAAGUAAAUCUUCGUGUCACUAAGCUAGUUCUCCUUCAUGAGACUCCAGCAGAUAUGUAUAUUGGACAUCAUGGGGAAAAAAUGCUGGAAAGCUUUUGUAAAUGGCAACAUGAAGAAUUUGGCAAGAAGAAUGAUCUACACUUAGAAAUGUCAACAAGCUGGGGAGAAGACAUGUCUUCAGUUGAUGCAGCCAUCCUGAUCACAAGGAAGGAUUUCUGUGUACAUAAAGAUGAACCAUGUGAUACUGUUGGUAUAGCAUAUCUGAGUGGAAUGUGCAGUGAAAAACGAAAAUGUAUAAUUGCAGAGGACAAUGGUCUGAAUCUCGCUUUUACCAUUGCCCAUGAAAUGGGUCACAACAUGGGGAUAAGCCACGACAAUGACCACCCAUCCUGUGCAGAUGGUCUCCAUAUCAUGUCUGGGGAGUGGAUUAAAGGACAGAAUCUUGGGGAUGUUUCAUGGUCUCGGUGUAGCAGGGAAGAUCUGGAAAGAUUUCUCAGGUCAAAGGCCAGUAACUGUCUGCUGCAGACGAAUCCUCAGAGCCUCAAUUCUGUGAUAAUUCCCUCCAAACUCCCAGGAAUGACGUACACUGCAGAUGAACAGUGUCAGAUUCUUUUUGGACCAACUGCUUCCUUUUGCCAAGAAAUGCAGCAUGUCAUUUGCACCGGGUUGUGGUGCAAGGUGGAAAGCGACAAGGAAUGCAAAACUAAGCUGGAUCCACCAAUGGAUGGAACAGACUGUGACACUGGAAAGUGGUGUAAGGCUGGAGAGUGUAUCAAUCGGACCUCUUUUGCGGAGCAUAUGGAGGGGGAGUGGAGCACGUGGAGCACUUGUAGCCGUACUUGCAACACUGGAAUCAGCAGUCGACAACGCAAAUGCCCUGGUUCAGGUCUUGAAGGAGAUUGUCACGGUCCCACGAUGCAGUAUAGAGUAUGUGAAAACCCUUCUUGUCCUGCUGGCGUGCCUGCGUUCAGGGACUGGCAGUGCCAGGCUUUCAGUGUCAGAUCUUCAUAUCAGAAGCAUGUGCACCAGUGGCAGGCUGUCAUUGAUGAUGAAAAGCCAUGUGCCUUAUUAUGUUCACCAGCUGGAAAGGAUCAAGCUGUUCUUCUAACAGAAAAGGUGAUGGAUGGGACUUCUUGUGGCCAGCACGGGUUAGAUGUCUGUGCAGAUGGUAGAUGCCAGAAAUUUGGCUGUGAUGGCAUAUUGGGAUCUCUGGCUCGUGAAGAUCAUUGCGGUGUAUGCAAUGGUAAUGGAAAGUCAUGCAAAGUUAUUAAAGGUGAUUUUAACCAUACCAGAGGAGCAGGUUAUGUGGAAGCUUUGGUGAUACCUGCAGGAGCAAGGAGAAUCAAAGUUGUGGAAGAAAAACCAGCUCACAGUUAUUUAGCUCUUCGAGAUGCUGGAAAACAGUCAAUCAAUAGUGACUGGAAGAUAGAGCAUUCAGGAACAUACAAUAUUGCCGGGACCACUGUCCAUUAUGUUCGGAGAGGUCUCUGGGAGAAAAUAUCAGCCAAGGGUCCCACAACAUCACCUUUACAUUUACUGGUGCUGCUCUUCCAUGACCAGAGCUAUGGUCUACACUAUGAGUACACAAUCCCACUGGAUCCACCUCCGGAGAAUCAGAGCUCUAAAGUGCCAGAGCCUCUUUUCAUGUGGACUCAUUCUGGCUGGGAGGACUGUGAUGCUGUAUGUGGAGGAGGUGAAAGAAAGACAACAGUCUCUUGCACAAAGAUUAUGAACAAGAAUAUCAGUCUUGUGGACAACAAGAAGUGCAAAUAUUUAACAAAACCUGAACCACAGAUCCGAAAGUGCAAUGAGCAGCCAUGCCAGACCAGAUGGAUGAUGACAGAAUGGACUCCAUGUUCAAGGACAUGUGGAAAAGGGACCCAGAACAGACAAGUAGCCUGCACACAGCAGCUCAGAAAUGGGACCCUGAUCAGAGCUAGGGAGAGAGAUUGCCUUGGGCCAAAGCCUGCUUCUGCACAGCGCUGUGAAGGCCAGGACUGCAUGACUGUGUGGGAGGCGGGAGUCUGGUCUGAGUGCUCUGUAAAAUGUGGUAAGGGAGUACGGCAUCGGACUGUGAGGUGUACCAAUCCCCGCAAGAAAUGUGUUUUGUCCACAAGACCUAAAGAAGCAGAGGACUGUGAGGACUAUUCCAAAUGCUACAUCUGGAGAAUGGGAGACUGGUCUAAGUGCUCUGUCACCUGUGGCAAAGGGAUGCAGUCUCGAGUCAUCCAGUGCAUGCACAAGAUCACCGGAAGGCAUGGCAAUGAAUGCUUUUCCUCAGAAAAGCCUGCAGCCUACAGACCCUGUCAUCUCCACCCCUGCAAUGAGAAAAUUAAUGUUAACACAAUAACAUCACCCAGGUUAGCUGCUUUAACAUUCAAGUGCCUGGGAGACCAGUGGCCUGUGUACUGCAGGGUGAUAAGAGAGAAGAACCUCUGUCAAGACAUGAGGUGGUAUCAACGAUGCUGUGAGACAUGCAGGGACUUUUAUGCGCAAAAAAUGCAACAAAAGAGUUGACCUCUGUCAGGCUGGCUGGCUCUCAGCUCUUUCAAUUUUAUUAUUUAUAAACACAUACACACACGUACACACACACACGCACGCUUCUUCAGACCAAAUAUUAUCAGAUUACAUAUAAUUUAAUCAAAUUAAUUUAUUUUUGCCUGCCAGACAUCCUUAGUUGUUUUGGUUAGACAGCCAACUUGUUUUAUCCUCUGACAUUUUCAUAAUUAAUUUUUAUAUGAACAAUUUUGGAUACAUUUAUCAGAAUUUUAAAAAAAUAGUAACUAGUAUUUUAAAUGUUUAUUUUCAGUAGGGUCAUCUCUCUGUUGCCAAAAAAAAAGUCAUGCUAUCUUGAAUUUAUUUUAACUUAGCUGAAUAGUUUUGUUGUAUAUGGAAAUAAAGCCCUUUUUAAUUUUAUUAUAUUUUUGGCAUUCAGAGUCAGAAUGAUCUUGUGUAUUUUGCAACAGAUGUUGAGGUGAGUAAGCUAACAUUAUUGAACAGGUUAUUACAGAAUGUAUUGUGAAAUCAGUGCAUUUGAUUUAAAAACAUACUGAAGGGGAUAAUCUACUGUAACUUAUAUUAUAAACAAGAAAAUUAAAAUCGCUAGGUAGGGAUUUUGAUCAUUCUCAUGGACACAUACUUGAACACAAGUAUUGAAUCAAUGAAACACUGUAGAAAUUUACACUGAAUCACUGUUGCACUGUUUGAGGUAGUGUAGAGAAAUGCAGUCCUAGAACUUGUACAAUCCUAUGAAUCCAUGUCUAUACUCUUUUAACAUGUCACUUGAUUUUAAACGUUUUGAAACAAAAAACCCAUGCCCCUCUAUACCUUUGUGUCCUCUUGCAGAUUUACAAAUGGAAGAGUCCUUCCUCCUGCCACUUGUAUGAAUUAAUGUUAAAUAUUUUCAGUUCUCUGUUGAUGAUUUAGAAAAUAGCUUUGUAAUACUACUUUAAUUUUACCUUUGUUUUAUGAAAAAGUCUUCAUAAAAGCAAAAUGUUUUACAGUUUUGUGAAACUUUAUGAAACAGCUAUAAUUUUCCUUAUGAGAAAAUAUUGUACAUGAUUCACAUGAUUUUUAAUUUUCAAUAAAAAAUAAAGUUUCUUUUGUUG